GCGCCCGGACACAGGUGGCUAUCGUCGAACUCGUCCGUUCGCUUUUCUCGCCUCAGCCAGAUCUCCUCCACCACAGAUGCCGCACAUCUUUGCUGUCCUAUUCACUAGCAUGGUAUCGGCUGUGCAAGCCUCAAGUCAGGUCAAGCUCGAAGUGCAAGGACUCAGCCUUCAAGACACCUACAUUCACGGCUUCUUGUGCACAAUUCGUCACUACGCCCAUUCCCCUUGCUGCUGGGGGUCUCUCACGGGCUACAACACGGGCGAGAACGCAUCGGCGUGCUUCGACCAAUUACCGGAUGGGGUCUUGCCCUACCUGUUUUUCACAAACAUCUGUGAGUGGGAUUGGCAAGACAGUCCGCCGCCAGAGCAGCUGGCGAUCUACAGGCUGCGCCUGACGGUGAGGAUGGUUGGCAAUGCCCUCGUGGUGAAGAGCGCUGUGAAGGACGAUGCAGGCGCCGGUGGCUGGUCUGAUGAGAAGGAGACCGUCCUUCCGCCAGAUGGCUGCUUUACGGAGCCGUGUUCAAACAAGGAUUGCAGCAAGAAGGCAUCUGACAACCAGGUGCCAUGGUCAAUUUGCUUCCGCGGGCCAUGCAACUCGGCAUCGGGGCCCCAAGGCCCUCCAAUGGGCCGGCCGGGAGCACCGUCAGUCCCCACGACGCGGGCCGGUGAUGGCUUCGUUCACUUUGGGGACAUGCUCAUCCUUUGCAGUGCCUGCACCCGUGGUCUUCUGCAGGUAGAUCCCGCAGCUGCCGUGACCGUCAAUGCCGGCUCCGUCGAGGUGCAGGGCUGCAAGCUCUCGACAGGAAGUGUGAUCUCCUCCUGUCCAAGGAGCAACUUCACAGUCGGCCGGGUGGACGACAAUGACAGUCACGGCACCGACACGUGCGUCUACUAUGGGCAGCUGAUCCGAUUGGG